AUGACUGAACCACAGAAGAAAGAGAAAGUGACCCCUCGACCUCGAGCUCACCACUGUGAACAGUGCCACAAGGCUUUCCGGACCCCAGCAGAGUUAAAGAUCCAUCAGAGGGUUCACACCGGCGAGCGGCCGUACGCCUGCGAUCGAUGCGACAAGAGCUUCACGUCGGCGCUGUACCUGAGGAGACACCGGCUGACGCACAGCGAGGAGAGGCUGUUCAUCUGCGACCAGUGUGGGAAGAGCUUCCUGACCUCGCACCACCUGAAGGAUCACCAGAGGCUCCACACGGGUGAGAAGCCGUACAACUGCCAAGACUGCGGGAAGAGCUUCACCCAGCUGAGCAGCUACAGGCACCACAGGAACCUGCACACCAAAGAGAAGACCUUCACCUGCAUGCACUGCGGCACCGUCUUCAUCAGCAGGAGCUCGUACCUGACCCACCAGAGGAUCCACACCGGCGAGAAGCCCUACCAGUGCAAGUACUGCGGGAAAAGCUUCUCCGUGUCCGAGAACCGUCUGCGUCACGAGCGCAUCCACACGGGGGAGAAGCCGUACCGCUGCCGGUUCUGCGACCUGGCCUUCGUGACGGCGUCGGCCCACACGGUUCACGAGCGCGUCCACACCGGCGAGAGGCCGUACGGCUGCGAGCGGUGCGGCAAGACGUUCAGUCAGAUCGGAGACUACAAGACGCACUUGAACACUCACACCAAGGAGAAGAUCUACUUCUGCGACCGGUGCCAGAAGGUCUUCUCCUCGGUGAGCGCGUACCUGCGGCACGAGAACGUCCACACGGCGGCCAAAUGCUACGUCUGCAAUCGCUGCGAGAAAACCUUCACCCAUCUGUCUCUGUUCCAAACACACAAGCUCGUGCACACGGGAGUGAAAGCCCACGCCUGUGUCCUCUGCGACAAGCGCUUCUACACAUCUGGAGAUCUCCGCAAACAUGGGCGCGUCCAUGCCGGAGAGAAGCCGUACUGGUGCGUCAAGUGCAACAAGGAGUUCACCUGGAAGUCCCAGGAGAAGAACCACAGGUGUGUCCAGGUAAGUGUGGAAUAA